AUGCCCGCCCAGGCCACGUUCCCCUACCUGGCCAAGGCGACCAUCAAGUACAAGAGCCCGCACAAGCAGGACCUCGCGUUUGCAAAGGGCGACACCAUCCGCGUCACCGGCGUCGCGCCCAAGAACGACGACCAGGAUGACGAUGACGACGAUGACGACGACUGGCUGGUCGGCGAGACGCUAGACGGUUCUCGCAGCGGCACCUUCCCGGGCAGCUUUGUCCAACCCACCGACGAGCCAGACACGGCGCAGUCGCACCAGGCCGAAGCUGCCAUCGCCGACGCUGUCAACCCGCCCGCUGCACCCGGUGCUCUCGCGGCAGAGAUGCCUGAACAGCUGCAGAGCUCCGCGGUCGAGCAAGAGCCUACGCAUCAAGCCGAGAUCGUCCCACAGGCGGCUCGAGAGGCAGCACAGAAGGGCGAGACCGAACAAGCGGGCUUCGGCGCGCCCCUCCCGCCGCGUCCGCCUUCGCCAGAUCAGCAAGACGACGAUGUCGAGCCUGCGCCUACCGCACCAGUCACACAGCCCAAAAACGAGUCCAGGUCGGCAGAUACGCCCAGCUCAGCAGCUCAGGACUCUGCUCCCACCAAUGUAGCUGCUGGCUCGGCUGCCGCUGGUGCCGCAGCUGUGGGCGCUACUGCCGCCGCCGCAGCUUCAAGCUCGCCGACAAAGUCGCCACCCGCCGUCGCCACAAAGCCCGCUGGCAUGUCCAGCUCCUUCCGCGAUCGUCUCGCUGCCUUCAACAAGCCUGCAGAGUCCGCUCCGCCGCCGCUUCCCAAGGCAAAACCUGGCGGAUGGAAGAGGCCCACUCCGGCCUCCACCGAGUCAAAGCCUUUGCUCCCCGGUGCUCCUGUCGCUGCAUCUUCCACCACCAAGCCAUCAAUCAACACCAACCUAUCCACGCCAUCCGAGCCGCGCCAAGCGUCAUCCCCGACAGUCGAGUCUCCCUCGGGCGCAGGCGGAGCCUUCAGCGCCGCCGACGCACAGAGCAGCAUCAAGAUGAGCCUCAAGGAAAGAAUGGCCGCACUCCAGCGCAACGAGGCCACCGCUGCCGAAGCAGCUCCUCAGCUCAAGCCAAAGCCAUCCGUCCCUGGAAAGAUCGGCGCCGAUCGCAGAAACGUCGCACUCCAGGGCAUGGGUCUGGCUCCCGGUGCGGUGCCUGCACGCAAGUCCAGCACCGAGGCUGUUCCACAGUCCGAAGACGCUGCUGCACCCGAAGCUGCCUCGGAAGACGCCAGUGCUCCGGCUGCCGCUGCUGCUGAGCCAGAGGCUGAUGCUGCGCCUGUAACCGCCGCUGCCACCGAAGGCGAUUCUGCAAUCGAGGCUUCCGAGGCGCCCGAAAACGAGCCCGAGGCAAAGGAGCUCGCUGAGGAGGAACAGGAGGCCGAGCGACGUGCUGCCAUCGCCAAGCGCAUGGCCGCUCUCGGUGCACGACGCAUGGGCGGCGGUCCCACGCCCUUCGGCGCACCCGCUCCGCCUACCCGCAAGGCAUCCGCCGGCGCCGCGUCCGCCGAAGCCACUUCGUCGGAGCCGGGUAUCACCAUUCCGGCCGAAUCAUCCGCCGCCGCAGCCAACGCAGACGGCCAAGAAAUCGCGCCUGCCAAAGACGUGCAAGGCGCCGAAGCGCCAGCACAGACCAGCCAAGAGGCCAGCGAGGAACCCAUGAUCCUCGCCGUGCCCAGGCGUACCGCUGCGCCUCGAAAGAAGAAGCCGGCCGCGCAAGUUGCGGCGCCUACAGCUGCGGCCGGAGCCGUGGCUGCGGGAGCAGCAGGAGCAGUUGCUGCCCACGAAUCCGAGCCGACAGCUCCUGCUGCUGAUGCCGAGCCCAGCCGAGAGAUCGAUGCGCCCAGCGCAGCCGAUUCCGUUACCGAGACCAGCGAGCCUAUCGCACAGGAAGCCGCUCAGAACGAAACGACCACAACUGCCGACGAAGAGCCAGCUUCCGAGCCAGCCGUACGUGCAGACGACGCCGAGGUAGCUGCCCCGCUCGCUCAACCUCACGAGGAAGAAGCGGCCGAGCUCGACCCCGAGAUCGCCGAGAACCAGAGGCAGCUCGAGGAGUACCUGCGCGGCGAGGGCUUCUACGAGGACACCGUGGCGCCCGCGACCGAGCCGGCAUCCCAGAGCUUAGACGAGCCUGUCGCUGACAGCACCACCUAUCAACCUGACGAUGAGGAGACUGCCGCAUCAGCCGCAGACGCACAGCGCCAAGAGAUUGUCUCGCCCAAGCCGCCCAGUCGCCCGCCCAGUACUCGCCCGCCCAUCCCCAAGACCGCACUCCCGCCUCCGCCUGCGGACGAGCAGGAUUCGGCGCUGGCACGCGCGCAGAGCCCUGCCGCCUCACUCGGCGACUCGGGUCCCGCGCGCCGCGCGAGCUUGAUCCCGCCCGUGCCCGCCCCCACCCUGCCCACGCCCAUCGAGUCUGCCGCUGACGAGGCCGAGAAUGUAGAGGCAGAGGAGAGCGCCGCGAGCUCCGGCCCCGUGCUCGCGGCUCCCAGGCCGAGGAUGGCUGUGCCCACCGAGGAUCCAGAGGAUGAAGCUCUGCUUGCUGCGGCCGAGGCGCCGACUUCCACCGAAGAAGCCACGGAGUCUGCCGAGCCUACCGAGCCAGCUGUCGCUGCUGAGCAGGAGGAGGCCGAGCCGCAGGAGCUCACCGAGGAAGAACAGGAGGCGCAGCGUCGUGCCAACCUCGCACGCCGCAUGGCCGCGCUCGGUGGCCAGAGGAUCGGCGCGUUCCCCGGCAUGGCGCCGCCACCCAUCAUGGGCGCGCCCAUGCCCGCCAGGAAGGCCCCCGUCGAGGCUCCUGCUGCGGAAGAGGAGGAGGAUGCGACCGUCGAGGCUCAAGGCGAUGGGGAGGAGGUAGAGACACCCGUGUCGCCGCUGCGCGGACCCCCAAGGGGCGGCAUGGCCAUCCCCGGUCUGACGGGGGUGCCCGGUAUGAAUGCGCAGAGCGCCGAGAGCGACGCGCUGGAAAGAGCGCGCUCGCCGGGAGCAGCUAGCGUGGACGCGCCCGUGCGUCUAGCGAGUCCGCCGCCCGUGCCUACCAGUCCGCCACCCGUGCCCACCAGUCCGCCGCCCAAGCCGAUGAGCCCGCCACCGGCGCGCCAGCUCCCGACGCCCGGCGCCGAGGCGGCUCCGCCUGCGCUGCCGCCCGGCCGACCGUCGAGCACGGCGCCCAUGCCGAACCUGGACGAGGCGAUGCGUGCGGCGAGCCCGGCGAACAGCAGUCUGGGCCGGCGCACGUCGUUCAAGCCGCCCGUGCCGCAGGGCAUGGGCACACACUCGCGCGACUCGUCGACGCUCGCCGAGUACGAUGCGGUGGUGGGCGAGAGCGCGGCGGCCAGCCCGCCUCCGUUGCCCGCCAGCCCGCCGCCCCUGCCUGUGAGCCCGCCACCGCGCCCGUCAUCGCGGGCACCGCCGCUGCCGGGCCAGGCGAGUGUGCCGCCGCGCCGACAGGGCUCGUCUGCAUCCUACGCGUCGGUGGGUGCGGGUCAGGAUGGCUCUGUGGCCACGCCUGCAUCCGAAGUGGCGGCGUCGCCAGCCGUCGCGAGGACCGAGGCGAGCCUGCCGCCCGUACCCGGCAGCGGGGUGGCGGUGGGAGCGCGCCAGUCGAGCCGGGAUCUGGAUCUGAUGCCGAGCAGCCGGUGGUGGCGGCACGGACUGAACCCGCUGCGUCUGCCGCCGAGUGUCGCCGGUCGACCCGAUGCGAUCCUGUACGCCGACACGUCGAGCAGCAGCGAUACGGGCGUCGCCGUGCACCGCGCCGACAUCUACAUGCUCUUCGAAGACUACUCGACCACGGUCAUCUCGCUCUCGUUCCAGGACGACGACCUCGACGAGGCGCACACGAGCCUUACGCAGCGGCACAACUUUGCGCCUGCCAAGCCGGGCGCGGAUGAGCUGCGGCAGUGGUCGGCGGGGAUCGGAGCUGUGCUUGCGCGCAUGGCUACGGAUGCUGUCAAGGCUGGGGUGGCGGUGGGUGACGGUAGUGCGCGCGGGAUGGUGUAUGCGCUGCUGGGGCAGGUGCCGAAUGCUCUGCCUCCCGUGGGCAGUGCGCUCGGCGUGCCUGUGCUGACGCAGGUGGGGCCGACAGUCAUGGAGACUGCUGCGGACGAGGUGCGACCGGGCGACGUCAUCUCGUGCGCCGGCGCCGACUUUAAGGGCAAAAAGGGCCUUACGCCCUACCACACCACGCUGGGCACGGGCGCGAGUCCGACACUGCUCGUGCUCGUCGAUGUCGAGCCCAAGAAGAACAAGCUGCGCGCCGUGGUGCAGAGCCAGGGCAAGAAGGGCGCCAGCCCCGACGAGGUCAGUCUGAGGCUGGACGAUCUCAAGGCGGGCAUUGUCAAGGUGUUCCGCGUGCCGCCCCGGCAGGGCUGGGUUGCGGACUGGUAG